AAAUGUGUUUCUCUAUUAGAUUUUAAUCAUGACAAUAUUUGUCAGUUAGUAAAAAGGAAAUAAUCGUGUUCUGGAAACAAUAUGCGUAAUGAAGAGGUACAUACGGUUUUCAGUAUUACUUUAUUGCACACUGUUAUUAAACACGGUGUUAUGGUGGUUCAGAACUCAGGAGGAGAAUACAUCACAAACGUUAACAUUGGACAUAAACAAGUUGAAGAACCCAGCAAGCACCCUAAGAGUAACAGUCGCAAAUUCAAGAACUGAUACAAAGUCUCUCGGACACAAGCCAUUUCGUGGCAUACAGUGGCACUGGAAGAAUUCUUUAAAAGAUACAUACAUGUUGAAACUAAAUAACAGUGAAGAAAUUUGUGGAAAAACAUUUAUUGGGUAUAAUAAAGAUUUCGCUAAACUUGAAAACGUUGUUAUUGACCCCAGUAAGGGCAAAGGAAGACGAGGUGGUGAAAAUAUAUCCGAAGUUCUAAACCAGAAGGAACGAGAUGAAUAUUUUGUGCUAGAGCCUGGAUACUUUCAGGUGGUGCAAUGUAAGAAGCAUGUGAACUUUAACUUUACCUCACGAUCACAUUUGAAUUCAUGGCAUGACGCUGUUGGUACAGGGGCAAUGCCAAGGUAUGGUGAAGUAAUACCGGGAUGGACGAUUGCUGUAAUGCGGUAUGAAUAUGUUAACCUUUACCAUACCAUGACAGACUUUUACAAUACAUUCCUCGUUGCCAAGGUAUUUAACAUCACGCAAGGUCACAUGACAAUUUUAUGGAUAGAUGGACAUCCAUGGGGUGGCCUUGAUACAACGUGGGAAACAUUAUUUGGAAAAGUUUUACGGGUUGGGGAUAUAAAGAAACCGUGUUUAUUUGAGCACAUGAUAUGGGGAAUUAUGGGUUACCACAGUCCGUUGACUCGACAUGCUGCUUACAGUGCACCUUAUUUAGAAGAGUUUAGAAAAUACUUUUUAAUAUCUCAUGGUAUCACAAAAACACGUUCUCUAAAUUGUAGACGAUUAAAAAUUACAGUGAUUUGGAGACGGGAUUAUUUAGCUCAUCCACGAAAACCUUCUGGUCUUGUAACAAGAAAAAUAAAGAAUGAGGAUGAAUUUUUAGAAAAAAUAAAAUCAACUUUCGUGGGGCAUGAUGUCAGAGGCGUUCAAAUUGACCUGUAUAACAUGACUGAACAACUUGAAAUGAUUGUAGACACGGACAUUCUCGUGGGCAUGCAUGGUGCCGGAUUGACACAUGUCCUAUUUUUACCGAAGCAUGCCGGGGUUGUUGAACUAUGUCCCAGUUACUGGUCAUCGGCUAAUAAACAUUUUGUUACAUUUGCUAGAUGGAGAAAGAUUCCUCAUUUGUUAUGGAACAACAAAGAUCGGAAAAGAGAAAUAAUGAGACAUUCAACAAUAGUAGAUGUUGAUGCUGUUACAAAUUUGAUAGUGAAGAUGAAUGCGACAAUCUGUAGUGAAUCAUUAAAACAGACUCAUAAGAGACAUAACAUUGCAUGAUUAGUAUGUUUAAAAUAUGGUAAAUGUCCACAAAGAUGUGUAUUUGUUUUUUUUUCUUCAUAUCACGGGCUAUUAUAUGUUUAUUACAUCUUAUUUCACUAUAUAUACUUUCUCUGCCUUUUUCAAGGCUCAUUACGGUUAAAACGACUUUAACAUUUAUAUAUAUAAAUUUUAAAUUCAUAGAAGAUAAAGAUUUAUGUUUUAUACGCGAUUUUGGGCAGCCGAUUAUAAAGUCGUCAAAUUUUUUAAUUGUUUAAUCUUGAUCAAGAUAAAGAUGAUUUUCACAUAGCAAUUAUUACGCACCCCCACCUGGCCGCCAUGUU